AUGGCGGACUGUUGUCUGGCAGUGAAGGAGGACUGGAGGAGGGUUGCUGCGCUGCGGGUGUUGACUGAUGUUGUUGCCCGGGCGGCGCGGCGAUGGCGGACUGGCGGUGAUGGAGGACUGGAGAAGGGUUGCGGCGCGGCGGGUGAAGGUGGGAGGCGCGGCAAGUGGAGGGGCGAUUGGAGCAAGGCGGCGGGGCGAUUGGAGGGAGCCGUGACCGGCAAGGCGAUUGGAGGGAGGCGGCGACCGGCGAGGCAAUUGGAGGGAGGCUGGGUCGUCGCCGGCUGUGCUGUGGGAGUGGCUGGCCACUGUGCGUUUUUUAGACGAGGGUCUGAGGCAGGAUGGAGGCCAAAGAGACGAGAAGGUCUGAGGGAGGAUGCUAGGGUUGGGGAUGGGUUGGGUCGUUUCAGCUAG